ACUGCAGCUGCCGCCGCAACCUGCGAUUCGCCGGCGCACAUUCCACACACGGCCCAAAGGUUCACGCUCUUUCAAAGACCGCCUCUUUACGCCUUUGUCUUCUGAGACGCUUGAAGAGAUUGGUGAAUCAGACCUACAUGGUAAGGAAACCAGUUUUUAUGGGAACGUCAAAGAGGAAAGAGAUUAAGUAGGUCAUCCAUACUGUGCCGAAAGGGCGGCUGAGGUUAGAUAGCUGUAUUUCCCCCAUAGCCCUCUUCCUCCCACCGCCGUCACCGAAGCGGAUGAAAACAAACAGUAACGAUGGCGGCGCCGGGAAGCGACCGGCUGCUGGGCUGAAGGCAGGAGUGAUCACUUGAGCUGUGAGGGAAGCCCUGAAGAGCGCCUGUAGACGUGAGUGCGACAACUCGCGCAGUCUUGGGAACGAAACUCCCGGGGCCUGCGAGCCACGAGGCUCCUGGGGCGUGAGGUAUUAUCUGCGACCCGUGCUGUCAGUGCAGCUCCGGAGCGCGGAGCUCUCAGCCAGGAGGCGCAGCUGGCCGGCCCCAGGCCCCGGCCUCCGUAAUGAGAGCCCCGAGCCACUCUCUGUGUCGCAGCUUCACAGGUGAGGGUGACUGUUGACUAGUGCAAAAAGGGACCCAAGGUUCACGACUCUCUUACUGGCAGUGGAAUGACCUGUGGAAACCUGCGAUCCAUUCUCAUUAAGUAAAUCUCUGGAUUCCUAUAGGCAAUGGAAACUGAUCUCAAUUCCCAGGACAGAAAGGACCUGGACAAGUUCAUUAAGUUUUUUGCCCUCAAGACUGUCCAAGUGAUUGUCCAGGCUCGACUGGGCGAGAAGAUUUGUACUCGUUCAUCUUCUUCCCCAACGGGUUCAGACUGGUUCAAUUUAGCAAUCAAAGACAUCCCAGAGGUUACGCAUGAAGCAAAGAAGGCACUGGCAGGGCAGCUGCCUGCCGUUGGGAGGUCUAUGUGUGUGGAGAUCUCACUCAAGACUUCUGAGGGAGAUUCCAUGGAGCUAGAAAUCUGGUGUCUGGAAAUGAAUGAAAAGUGUGAUAAAGAAAUCAAAGUUUCCUAUGCUGUGUACAACAGACUGUCGUUGCUACUGAAGUCUCUCCUUGCUAUAACUAGGGUGACACCAGCUUACAGACUGUCCAGGAAACAAGGGCAUGAAUAUGUCAUAUUGUAUAGAAUAUAUUUUGGGGAAGUUCAGCUGAAUGGCUUAGGAGAAGGUUUCCAGACAGUUCGUGUUGGGACAGUGGGUACCCCUGUGGGCACCAUCACUCUUUCUUGUGCUUACAGAAUUAACUUGGCAUUCAUGUCCACCAGGCACUUUGAGAGGACCCCACCUAUCAUGGGGAUUAUUAUUGAUCACUUUGUGGACCGUCCCUAUCCCAGCUCCUCGCCCAUGCAUCCCUGCAAUUACAGAACCGCUGGUGAGGACACUGGAGUAACAUAUCCUUCUGUGGAAGAUUCUCAAGAAGUGUGCACCACCUCUUUUUCCACCUCCCCUCCAUCCCAGUGUGUGUUUACUGUCACAAAGGCACAUUUUCAGACCCCUACUCCUGUGGUGACGGACACUCUGAGGGUCCCCAUGGCAGGACUGGCCUUUUCCCAUCAACUCUCAAGCUCUCGCCUUUCCUGUCAGCCUGCUGCCCUGGGCGUUGGAUCAGCUGACCUGGGUUGUCCAGCCGUGUUUGCUGCCGGCUUAAACACCACACACCCUUACCAGCUAAUGGUUCCCGGGAAGGAAGGUGGGGUACCCCUUGCUCCCAACCAGCCUGCCCACGGUGCCCAGGCUGGUGACCAGGAGAGACUGACAACCUACACCCCUUCUGAUGGGGCCCACUGUGCUGCCACACCUUCCAGCAGUGAGGAUACUGAAACUGUGUCAAACAGCAGUGAGGGACGGGCCUCCCCCCAUGAUGUCUUGGAGACCAUCUUUGUCCGGAAAGUGGGGGCUUUUGUCAACAAACCCAUCAACCAGAUGACCCUGACCAGUUUGGACAUACCCUUUGCCAUGUUUGCUGCCAAGAAUUUGGAACUGGAGGAUGUGGAUCCCAUGGUGAAUCCUCCAGAUUCCCCAGAGACUACAUCUCCUCUUCAGGGCAGCCUGCACUCUGAUGGCUCCAGUGGGGGCAGCAGUGGCAAUACCCAGGACGACUUUGUCAUGAUCGACUUCAAACCAGCUUUUUCUAAAGACGACAUUCUUCCGAUGGACUUGGGAACCUUCUAUCGUGAAUUUCAGAACCCCCCUCAGCUGAGCAGCCUCUCCAUAGAUAUCGGGGCACAGUCCAUGGCUGAGGACUUGGACUCACUACCAGAGAAGCUGGCUGUGCACGAGAAGAAUGUCCGAGAAUUUGAUGCCUUUGUAGAAACCCUGCAGUAAAAGUUGGUGUCCUCGA